UGCUUGCCCCAUCAUCUUUCAUGUAGCCUACACAAUCUGUGGUUUUCUAAUCCCCGCUAUUCGAUACUGGCGGUUUACAACGGAGGUCUCAUCAUCACUUGUAGCUCGGUCUGGGUGUUGUGUUGGCGUGUAUGGGGCCUUUCUGCCAUCAGGAAAUGGAGGAUUGAGUGUGUAGCAAGCGACAGACACACAGAGGGAGGGGGAAACCGACAAGGCGUUUACAGCAAGUUCCACAGGACGUGCGCGAGUUCCAGAGAUAACACAAAGAUGAGUGAGGAAAAUCGACCUCAAGUUGAACUUUUUGUGAAGGCAGGCAGUGAUGGCCAGAGCAUUGGCAACUGUCCGUUCUCCCAGCGCCUCUUCAUGGUGCUGUGGUUAAAGGGUGUCACAUUCAAUGUCACCACUGUGGACAUGAAGAGGAAACCAGACAUCCUGAAGGACCUAGCCCCUGGUGCUCAGCCUCCCUUCCUGCUGUACGGUACAGAGGUGAAAACCGACACCAACAAGAUCGAAGAGUUCCUGGAGGAGAACCUUGCCCCUCCAAAAUACCCCCGUCUUGCUGCCAGGAACCCUGAGUCGAACACAGCCGGCGUGGAUGUGUUCUCCAAGUUCUCAGCUUACAUCAAGAACUCCAACCCCCAACUCAAUGACAACCUAGAGAAAGGCCUGCUCAAGGCCUUGAAGAAGCUAGACGACUACCUCGGCUCCCCACUGCCUGACGAAGUUGACGAGAAUAGUGCUGAUGACGUCACUUCCUCCUCCCGUCCCUUCCUGGAUGGGCAGGACCUCACUUUGGCUGACUGCAACUUGUUGCCCAAGCUGAACAUUGUCAAGGUGGUGUGUCUGCAGUACCGGUCUUUCUCCAUCCCUAAGUCUCUCUCCAAUCUGUGGCGGUACCUGGACGCUGCAUACGCCCGUGAGGAGUUUUCCUCUACCUGCCCCAAAGACACGGAGAUCCACAUUGCCUACUCCGCUGUGGCUAAAGCUCUUAAGUAGGAGCGUCAGAGUCCAUAACUUACAGACACUCAUACACACCUACACAGACACCGUAAACACACACUCACCUACACACACAUUGUACAAGUGUUUGCCUACACGUACACUAAUGUAAUCACCACACGUUUGUGCGUUUGCCCAGACACACACAAAAACACCAUUCCAACAAACUUGGUUGAGAAUAGGAAAUAAGUGUUACUGUAAGAUCGAGUUGGAAACCUUUCAUUGGCUGUGUAAGAGUUUGAGACACUCUGAGAUUUAUAGUAUAUAGGUAAAAUUUUUUGUCACAUUCAAUCUUUACACUGUUUUAAGAAGUAGGCUAGAUGGGGUAGCAUCCACCUGAAACUGUAGUUGUCUGUUCAUUCUGCACUGCUUUCAUUUCCACAUUGUCCUGUAUUAGUUUCUGUCUCACAGCAGUUAAAAAGCUGCUGUCAAAAAUGUACCCAAGUAACCUGAACCAGUUUAACUGCAACCAGCAUAAGAAGGAGAGGUCUGUUAUGGGUGUGUCUCUCGUACACGAUUACAGAUUUUAUUUUACAGUGUUCUUUUAAGGCUAAACACCUCUAUGAGGGUGUAACAAGUGGUCAGUCAAAACUAGUUCAUCUCAAAACUGAUGCAGAGGCAGUUUUGUUGUAUGCAUGUUGACCGUUAAUGAAAGGAUGAGCUUAAGUUGGUUGUACAUAAGGGCACAAUAUGGAGCGGUUUCUCAGUACUGUGCAGAUUCUUGCUCAGGAAAUGAUUUCAACAGACCUCAGCUUCCCCUUCAUCUUCCCUGUAGAGCUUUGAAACGCUUAUCAAGAUUAUCUUUUGCUAGUAUUAGACUAAUUGACCUCCAUGCCCACACUGAAAGUGAAGGAGAUUUUUGCUACUAUAAAAAAGAAAAUACUGUGAGAAAUUUAUAUUGCAGGGCAGUUAUUCCAGGCAAAAUAAUGUGGCUAUUGUUGCUGCCUUGUGGGAAAUGUAUCUAAUUAAAGAAGCACUUGACUUUGUGACCUUGAGGCACCAAACAGGUUAAGUUUCACUAUAAAUCAAAGGGAAAAAUACAGGCUUUAAUGAAGCUUUGCAUACAAUUCCUCUCCUCGUAUGACUAAACCAUAAAAAUCACGUUUAUAAAAAUUGUGUGUUGUACAUUCAAUGUUAUUGAAAAUGAAGAAUUCAAGGAAAGAAGAUUGUGCGCAUGUUCUAUUGAUGUUGUUAUUGACACUCAAUCCAAAAAGACAAUACCUUGAAUCUUUAGUAGCCCAAAUUCAUGUUUAUACUUGUGUGUUGAGCUGAGUGUAAAUCCACAACUACUUUGAACCUAAUACCGUCCUGUGCUUUGUAGUGCACAAUUUGAAGAGGUCUUUCAUUAUAAAGUGACUUGAAAUCCAGUGGAAAGAACUGGAAAUAUUUGCGCCUUUUCAGUUGAAGAACAUUAUAACCAACUUUGACAGAUAUAUGGUGGAAACUCAAUAACUUAAACAGAACCUAUAUAUUUUGUAUAUCGUCCAAGUUUUCUUUAAGAGUGUAUCACCCAAGUGCAAUUCCUUUGUUUGAAAAUUACAAAAAUAUGGAUGUCAUUUGCAUCCUAUUAAGCUUCGGAGUUGACUAAGUUCAUUAAGUCAAUUAUUUUAUACAUUGGUUUCCUCAACCCAUGGGAGUGUCUGUAUUUCUACGGCUCAUAGUUAAGAAAAUCCAUACAUAAAUAUUUUGUACGUGACUGAAUCCUUAUGUUAUUAAUUGUAUUUAGUUUCUAUGAACCAACUCUUACAGGAAAAUAUAUAAUCUGCUUACUCGGCAAUUUAUCGAAAGGGACCAAUUCUUAAUUUCAAAGCUGCCUGUAGUGUUUUAGUAUGUACCUUUAUUGAGAUGUUAGUUAUUUUUACUCUUACUAUAAGAUUAGCAAUGACUUCAGUGACUUAUUACAUUCCUCUAAUUUUUCUGUAAUGUUAUAUUUACCUACUCCUUCAAUGAAUCACCUUUUUAUUACAGAUUUACCAUCUUGAUCCCUUCCUCCAAUAAGAUCUCUUUUCUUGUUUUAAUUUGUUUGAUUGAUUUUAUUUGGUGUAUUUUUUUUCUCCACAAAUUUUUGCCCUUUAGUUCACCUUCCAUUUUAGUCGGACGUAGUUGCAUUUAAUCUAGACAUGGUUAAGGACAUUGAAUCGACAAAAUUCAGAAACCAAACAUAGUAUGUGACGAAAAUGUAUUUUAUUUGUUAAUUCCAUUAAAGAAGACUCAAACACAA